CCAGUUGACAACUUUAAGGUCUUGCCUAUGUAAAUUCCCUAAUCCUCAAUUUCUCCGUCUAUAAAACAAGUAUAAUACUCUAGGACUUGCAAGGUCGUUGUGAGGAUUAAAGAUCUGUCUGUAAAUUCCCUGCCACAUGAUUCUUUCUGGGCAGCUGAUUUUGCUAAAUCUCAUCUAGGACCAGUUGAAAGCUUUAAAAACUGUCAACACAGAAAAUAUGAUCACUCACGUUGGGAGAAGCCAGCCACCAUGUUGAGCCAUCCUAUGGAGAGGCCAUGGAGUAAAGAACUUAGGCUGAAAGUCAACGGCUGUAUGAGUGAGCCAUCUCAGAAGGGGAUCCUCCAGCCCCAGUCGAGCUUUUAGAUGACUGCAGCCCUUGCACACAUCUUGACUGAAACCUCAUUCGAGAUGCUGAGCUAGAAACAUCCAACUAAGCUACCCUCAAAUUCCUGACCCACAGAAUUUGUGUGUUGAAAAGUUGUAUGAGGCCACUGUCUUGCGCCAGUGAGAAGCUAAUUGUGAUGAUGGGAAGGCAUCAGGCAGGGGUGGCUAAGCAUAAGGACAGAAAGCACCUAGAGCCAUGGAGGCAGCCUGAGUGGUGGCAUUGAACCUGGAGUGCCUUGUUCCAAUCUCAUUAGGAAACCAGAAAGAAUGUGCUUCUCCAAAAUGAGGGAGUAAACCAAAAAAGAGAAAGACAUGGAAUCCAGUACACAAGAACCUCCCUUAGGAGAGGAAGACAUGAAGUACAGUAGACAAGACAUCCUUCAAAAAAGGAAGACAUGGAAUCCAGUAGACAAGACCAGACCUCUAUCACGAGGGAAGACAGAGCCCUGUAUUUCCUUGGGAAACUACCCCACCCCACUUUUAGUACUCAUUGUUUGGGUGCACCUGACCAUGCCCCAAGUUCAAGAAAUGAUCACAUGCUAUUGGCUUACACUGAUCAACAUAAGUACCACCAUAAGUAGCAAUAAUUCUGGCUACGGUGAUUGGCGCAAGGAUGAAAGAAGGAAUCAAGUUAACCCAAACAGCAUAUAUCCCAGAACCUUUGGGAGAGUUUAUAGCAAAAGAAGUGUUUUCCAUCUUGGGACUGUGAAGACAUAAGCCUGAAACUCCUGGGAACAGAUGGGGCACAGCUGACCCAAUGAACAGAACAAGGAGAUGGAGCAAGACAGCUUCCUAAAACCUAUUCCGAGCAUCUGAAUUCAGCCAUGCUAGAUGUUACAUCUACUCAUGGAUUUUAAAUCUACAAGAGAUGAACAGACUUGUUACUUUCCACUGACUGGCAGCAAUGGCGUUUACCGAAAGAGUCAAAAGCAGCAGCAGCAGCAGCGGCAGCAGCAGCAGCAGCAGCUUGUACAAUGAAGACAGAAAUCUGCUUCGAAUUAGAGAGAAGGAAAGACGCAACCAGGAAGCUCACCAAGAGAAAGAGGCAUUUCCUGAAAAGAUCCCCCUUUUUGGAGAGCCCUACAAGACAGAAAAAGGUGAUGAGCUAUCCAGUCGAAUACAGAACAUGUUGGGAAACUAUGAAGAAAUGAAGGAGUUCCUCAGUACCAAGUCCCACCCUCAUCGCUUGGAUGCUUCUGAAAAUAGGUUGGGAAAGCCAAGAUAUCCUUCAUUUCCUGAGAAGGGGAGCAGCAUUCCACCCCACCCCUUCCACACCAGUGCCCACCACCAGCCUAUUAACACUCCUGCCUCCGGACCACUUCCUGUUGGUAACAUCAGCCACAAUCCAAAGAUGGCACAGCCAAGAAUGGAACCAAUGUCAAAUCCUCAUGUCAGAGGCUAUGGCCCACCAGACAGCCAGCACCUGACCCAAGAUCGCCUCGGUCAGGAGGGGUGCGGCUCUGCUCAUCACAAAAAAGGUGACCGCAGAGCUGAUGGAGACCGCUGUACUUUGGUGACAGACUCUGCUCCAGAGAGGGAGCUCUCUCCCUUGCUCUCUUUGCCUUCCCCAGUGGCCCCCUUGUCACCUGUACAUUCCAACCAGCAGACUCUUCCCAGGACACAAGGAAGCAACAAGGUUCACAGCAGCAACAGUAACAAUAAAGGCUAUUGCCCGGCCAAAUCUCCCAAAGACCUAGUGGUCAAGGUCCAUGAUAAAGAGACCCCUCAAGACAGUUUAGUGGCAGUUGCCAGCCUUGGGGUAGCCCCUCCCCAGCCACCUUCUCAGACUUUCCCCCCACCUUCCCUCCCCUCAAAAACUGUGGCAAUGCAGCAGAAGCCCACGGCUUAUGUCCGGCCCAUGGAUGGUCAAGAUCAGGCUCCAAGUGAGUCUCCUGAACUGAAACCACUGCCGGAGGACUACCGGCAGCAGACCUUUGAAAAAACAGACUUAAAAGUGCCUGCGAAAGCCAAGCUCACCAAGCUGAAGAUGCCUUCUCAGUCGGUUGAGCAGACCUACUCCAAUGAAGUUCAUUGUGUUGAAGAGAUUCUAAAGGAAAUGACCCAUUCAUGGCCGCCUCCUUUGACAGCAAUACAUACGCCCAGUACAGCCGAGCCCUCCAAAUUUCCUUUUCCGACAAAGGAUUCUCAGCACAUCAGUUCUGCAACUCAAAACCAAAAACAAUAUGAUACAUCUUCAAAAAACCACACUAAUUCUCAGCAGGGAACAUCCAUGCUCGAAGAUGACCUUCAGCUCAGUGACAGUGAGGACAGUGACAACGAACAAAGCCCAGAGAAGCCUCCUUCUGCAUCUGCACCUCCAAGUGCUCCACAGUCGCUUCCAGAAGCCGCGGCCUCAGCACAUUCCAGUAGUGCCGAGUCAGAGAGCACCAGUGACUCAGACAGCUCCUCGGACUCGGAGAGCGAGAGCAGCUCAAGUGACAGCGAAGAGAAUGAGCCCCUAGAAACUCCGGCUCCUGAGCCCGAGCCUCCUACAACAAACAAAUGGCAGCUGGACAACUGGCUGACCAAAGUGAGCCAGCCAGCAGCAGCGCCGGACGCCCUGGGGAGCGCGGAGCCUCCGCCUCGGCACCCAGAGAGUAAGGGCAAGGGCGGGGGCGACGGUGGUGGUGGUGGUGGUGGUGGUGCCGCCAGCCACGAGCGCUCGGAAUCCAAAGAUCCUGCCCUCAAGAGCUCCGGCAAGGGCCCUCGGGGCCCCUCGGAAGGCCUGCACGCCGGCAAGAGGAGCUGUCAGAAGUCCCCCGCCCAACAGGAGGCUCCCCAGAGGCAGACCGUCGGAAACAAACAGCCCAAAAAGCCCGUCAAGGCCCCUGCGCAGGCAGACUCGCGGGCCAGCCUGCAGGUGGAAAGUGAGCCAGGACCCCCUCCCUACGGCUCCAAAGACCAGCCUUCCAAAGACAAGCCCAAGGUGAAGACGAAAGGGAGGCCCCGCGCAGGAGACGGCCGAGAGCCCAAGCCCGUGGCGCCCGGCCCCAGCCCCAGCCCCAGCCCCAGUGAGAGGAAGAAGCACAGGAGUGGGCCGCUGGCCCCCUCGAAGGCGCUCUCGGGCCCGGAGCCCACGAAGGACAAUGUGGGGGCCAGGAGCCCCGAGCACUUUGCCCUGGUCCCCUUGACCCAGAGCCAGGGCCCGCCCCAGGGCGGCGGUGGAAGGACUAGCGGCUGCCGGCGUGCCGUGGUUGUCCAGGAAGACCGCCGGAAGGACAGGCUCCCAGGGCCCACGAGAGACCCCAAGCUGCUCUCCCCGCUCAGGGACACCGCUCCCCCGCCGAUCUUGAUGGUGAAGAUAACCCUCGACCUUCUUUCUCGGAUACCCCAGCUUCCUGGGAAGGGGGGCCGCCAGAAGAGACCGGAGGACAAGCAGCCCGCCACAGGGAAGAAGCCUGAUCCCGAGAAGAGAGGCGCAGACAGUUCGAGCAAGUUGGCCAAAAAGAGAAAGGGUGACACAGAGAAAGACCAUGAUAGCAAGAAAGCCAGACUGGAGAAAGAAACCAAGUCACAGCCAUCAUGUUCAUCUUCCCAUAAAGAUUCUUCUAAAACAAAAACACCCAGGCCCUCCUCUGAGCCCUCAAAGAAGGAAAUGCUUUCCCCCCAACUUGUGUCCUCCUCGUCCUCGUCCUCAUCCUCCCAGAAGCCAGCCAAGCCUGCACAAAAGAGGCCAAAGCGGGAAGCGGACCAGGACCCUCCCCAAAGUGCCAGUAGUAGCAAGGGCAGCCACAAAGACUCCUCUGCUCCGAAGCACAGAAGAGUGGAGGGGAAGGGAUCUGGAAGCUGUACAGAGCACAAAGGAUCUUCUGGAGAUACUGCAAAUCCUUUUCUAGUGCCUUCUUUGCCAAAUGGUAAUUCUAAACCAGGGAAGCCUCCAGUGAAGCUUGACAGACAACAAGCAGAUUUUCACAUGAAGGAGGCCAAAAAGUUGAAGCAAAGAGCAGAGUUAAUGACAGACAAGGUUGGGAAGGCUUUUAAGUACUUGGAGGCCGCCUUGUCCUUUAUCGAGUGUGGGAUCGCCAUGGAGUCGGAGAGCCCGGCGUCCCAGUCGGCUUACUCGGUGUACUCAGAAACCGUAGACCUCAUUAAAUUUAUAAUGUCAUUAAAAUCCUUCUCAGAUGCCUCAGCUCCACAAGAGAAAAUACUUGCUGUUUUAUGCAUGCGUUGCCAAUCCAUUUUGAACAUGGCGAUGUUUCGUUGUAAAAAAGAUAUAGCAAUAAAGUAUUCUCGUGCUCUUAAUGAACACUUCAGCAGUUUUUUCAAAGUUGCCCAGGCACCAUCUCCAUGCGUUGCAAGAAGUACAGGCACACCGUCCCCUCUUUCCCCAAUGCCUUCUUCUGCCAGCUCCAUGGGUUCCCAGUCAAGUGCUGGCAGCAUAGGGAGCAGUGGGAUGCCUGUCACCAUCCAAAACAUGACAUCUUCUUAUGUCACCAUCACUUCCCAUGUCCUUGCCGCCUUUGAUCUUUGGGAACAGGCUGAGGUCCUUACGAGGAAGAAUAAAGAAUUUUUUGCUCAGCUCAGCACAAGUGUGUGUGCCUUGGCCCUCAACAGCAGUUUGAUGGAUCUGGUGCACUAUACAAGACAGGGUUUUCACCGGCUAAAACAAGCAACCAAAACACCUUAACGGAGGCCCAAGUUGAUUUGAUGGCUUGGGAACUUUUUUGCACAUUGAAAGCCUCAAAAACAGUUCAGACGUUUGUCUCAUCAGGACACCAAACCGAGAAGAGAAGCACCGUGAGAUGGCCAGGACAUUUGUCCACUUAAACUUUCAAGAACUUAAGUGAUCAUUGGUUGGACACGGUGGUUAUGCAGGAGCAGAAUGAGGAGGCUGGCCUCAGAGAUGAUCUUGCCUUUCCUAACUAAAGGACAGAAGUGCAAUGUAGACUUAAGUGGGCGUAUGAGUGGUCUAGAAACAUUUCCAUACUUUUUUUAACCAGCAGGAUGCAAAUUGCAAAUGAAAUGAGGAGAAGCAGUUUCAGCUCUGAGAGCAAGUUCAUGUCAUCUCAGUAGCCACCUUAGUCCAUUCCCAGAAGGAAAUUUUUUAAACAAUGAAUUUUGGUGUAGGGUUUUGUGGAUGAUUUUUUUUUUUCUUUUAAGUUUAGGGGGGAAAUACUUGUUUUGUUUAGUAGAUUCUAAUGGUCAUCUAUAAAGCAUAAGUUGUGAAGGACUCCACUGUACCCCACUUUCUGCCCGUGAACAAUCACUUUGAUAAUACCAAGUAUUGUCAUAAUUUAUAAAAUUGAAGGCAACUCCCCCCCCCCCCCCCCCCUCGUUCCCAACCCUCCUGUUGCCUGGAGUACACUGCACGUUCACCCCAGCUCCAAUUUCUCAGUCACUGCUGCAAGUCCGCCUACACCAGAGCUGCGGAGGGAGGGGCUACCGCACACCGGGAAGCCAUCUUGAGAUCGCAUGCGCAAUGGAGGACGCGGCGCUGCCAUCCCCACCACCCCGCUUCCGUGAAAGGCAGUCACCAUUGACUGUAUUAUGAAUUUUCUGCCUUGGGGAAGAAGGGAACCAACGUUUAUACCUGACCAGAUGAUGGCUAAAGUGCUUUUUAAUGUUUAUUUGAGUAGAGCUGGAAUUUGAGGUGCUGAUCUGUGGUCAACAGUUAUGUGGUAACUCAUGUUGUCUAACCAACUCAGAAUUUUGUCAGCAAAGAAAAAUGAAAUCUACUUCUUAGAGAGGCUAUAUUUUUCUGCUACAAAUUAUUUUAUAUUUAUAGCAAAAAGUAGACUUUCUGAGCCCUUGAUUGUCUAGGGUAAAUCAACUCCCUGAGAGGAUGUGGGGAUUUGGGUGGUUAAUUAGACUUAAAAAAAAAAAAAAAAAAAGUCACCACAUGCCUUCACUCCAAAGUGUUCUCAGUCAACUAGAUUUGAUUGGAUUAAAGAGGAGCUGUGGCCUUCCCAUGUGUUGUUAGUGCCAUGUUAUAGACAUUUAACCAAGUUCAUUUGGAAUGACCUAGAAUGAAAGAACACGAUCAAAAUUCCCACAUAACCAUAAGCACAGAUUUUUUUAAUUAAAACUUUGAAGGUUAUUGGAAGCAUUAUUUUGAGUGCAGUGUUUUUAAAAGCCAAUUCUUUAUAUCUCUUUUAGAAGUAGAAUUUGCACAUGUACUAAAAUUGAGGAUUGAGUGUUACCUCUGUAGUUGGUUCAUUUUUCACUACCUUUAUCCCAUUCUGCCCCUCUACAUUUUGUUUCCUACCAAGAAUGUUUUAUCAUUUUCGUAUCAUUAAUGAGGAAGGGAGUAAUGAACAGAUUGAAGGUCCAUAUGAGGAAUGUAAGUUUUGGUCUAUCUUUAAAGGGAUGUGUAGAGGGUGGGAGUCAUUAUUUUUCACAUAUGAACUGUUUAUGUGAAGCUGUUCCCUCAGUGUCUUAUCCAACCUAUUUUGUUACCAGUAGCUAGUUCAGAGGUUUGUUACCUCAUGUUUAGGUUAAAGCCGGAGAAUUACGGCAGUAGUAAUACCUGAGCAUAAGAAUUUGAUGUGUGAUUUCGAUGGACAGAUUUCCUUUAUCAACGUUCUAAAGCACGGCCAUUUAACAAAACUUUUUGUUAAAUGAACAGUAAUUGCCUGGUGGGUUGUGGCAUUGUGUCCAUCUCGUAAAAUGUGGGAGACCAGACACCAGAAUCAGCUUUAUGUGAUUAUUUAAUGCCUUUUUUCCCCUUAUUCACUUGGCCUUCCCCCUCCCCUUUACCCCACCAUUCCCCAAUGCAAGUCACCUGUCAGUUUGGAAGUGUGUGUUUUUUAGGACAGGUUCUGAUCUAUGCAGAUUGUGUUGGAGAGAGAGAGUGUGUGGGUGUGUGUGUGAGGGCAUGUGUGGUCUUCCGGUGAAAGACAGUGCUCCUGUGACUGAAGACGUUUCUAAGUCGAUUUCUCAGCCACUUGUAAAAAAAAAUAAAUAAAUAAACCUGAUUGCUUUUUCAGUGGCCUUAUUCCUUGUGUGUAGCGUUGCCCCCACCCUGACCUUUAUAUUAAAAAUUUAUUUGUCCCUUGAAAAAACAUUAAUUUGCAGAGAUCAAUUUGUAGUAUUUUGAUCAUGGAAUAUUUCUGAUUCUUACUGCAUUGUACCUAAAAGAGGAUUCCCAAUGGCUAUUUUUAAAAUAGAGUAUAUGAAAAAUAGUGGCUGAUGAAUCCUUAAUGUUCAUAAGGUCUUUUUCCUGUUACAGUUGUAUAUAGAAGUCUAAAGAAUUUUUAAAAUCGCUGCACUUUUUCACUGCAUGCUUAAAUUCCCAAAGGCAGAUUUUUUGUACUGAGGUAGAUGGUUGAAAGGUCUAGAUUAUAAAAUGAGACAAAUACAAAACAUCUUAAGAAGUGAAAAUCUUGCCUUUGGCACUACAGUUUGUGUGUGUGUGUGUGUGUGUGUGUGUGUGUGUGUGUGUGUGU